ACAACAACCCGUUCGAGAGACCCCCCCCCGAGACAAGACUAAGCUUGUGCGACCUUCCUCCGUGACCCAUAUAGGCCCGCGUCGCAGGCAGCAGGCUCUCUUGUGUUGUAGCUCAGCUCCCCUGAUCAGUGGGUGUUGACGUUGGGGCAAAUAUGACCUCUCGAAGCAGCACAGCGCUGGCCGUGCUUGGCCUCCUGGCGGGGUUCGUAAACGUAGAUGCUUUCAGUCUGAUUCCUGCGGCGCCCGGGGCGGUGUCCUCGUCGGUCACCCGCGCGAAGACGGCGGUGGCCAGCCUCGAGCCUCCGGCGAGGAAUACGUGGCGAGCAAGACAUGGUCUCUCAAUGAGCUCUACUUCGUCAGCGGUGGAAAAUGCAGGAGCCGCGACCGGGGAAGUUGACGACAGCAAACCCCCUAGGGCCAGCGUGAUGGACGAGUUGGAUGCUAUUCUUGGCGACGUGCAGCAGGACUCCGGAACCAAGCCUGCCUCAGGCGGCGGCAUGGGCGCCGCCGCGCCCCUCGACCAGGACCUCGAUUCCCUCCUCGGGUCUGCAACUUCCGCUCCCCCGGCGACCGCGACGGUGGCAGCACCGAAGAACAGCGGUUUGGAUGACCUAGACCUCGACGAUCUGCUCGGCCCGGGAGCGAACUCUGCGCCACCGCAGCGAUAUUCGGGCGGGGGCACGGCCGAGGGGGGAGGGUCGUUCCCCGCCGCGGGCCGCGGGCCGCCGGUCGGCGGCGCGUCCUCGGACGGGCAGCAGGCGUGGGGUGCGCCUGGUCAGCAGCAGCAGAGGAUGUCGUACAGCGGGGAGUUUGGCGCGGCGAGCGGCAAGUACGGCGACACCGCGGCGCGGACGGCGAGCAAGGAGUUGAAGGGGGACCAGAUGGUCUCCUUGGUGGAGGUGGGGGAAGAGGGGGCGUGCCCCGUGGAGGAGAAGGACGUGGACCCCAAGACCGUGGCCGCGCUCAAGGCUCGCGGAAUCGAGAAGUUCACCCCCGUCCAGGCCAUCACGUACGACCACAUCCUGUCGGGGCGCGACAUCAUCGGCAAGUCCCGCACCGGUACGGGCAAGACCAUCGCCUUCGGCCUGCCGGUCAUCCAGCACCUCGGUCGCUUUGCGGAAGACCACCAGCAGCGCACUUACCAACGCGGCAGGUCGCCCCGCUUCUUGGUGGUGUGCCCGACGCGAGAGCUGGCUCGUCAGGUGUACGGCGAGCUGGAAACUCUGGGCAGCACCUUCGGCCUCAAGGCCGAUGUCUUCCACGGCGGUGCCGCCUAUGGUCCCCAGAUGAGGUCUCUCUCGGACGGCCUCGACAUCCUGGUGGCCACGCCCGGCCGCAUCAUGGACCACCUCCAGAGGGGUGCCCUCGACCUGUCGGACGUGCGGCACGCGGUGCUGGACGAGGCCGACGAGAUGCUCAACAUGGGGUUCGCGGACGAUAUCGAGACCAUCUUCUCGUAUGUCGACGUGAAAGAGUGCCAGGUGCUGCUGUUCAGCGCCACCGUGCCCAGCUGGGUAAGGAACAUCGCCAACAAGUACACGGCCAACCCGCUCACCGUUGACGCCGUCGGCAAGCACGUGAACAAGCUGGCGACGACCGUAAAGCACCUCUCCAUCGAGGUGUCGUCUCGGCAUCGUUCGAGCAUGCUCGAGGACAUCAUCACCUACUACGGCAAGGGCUCGCACGCCAUCGUGUUCACCAACUCCAAGGCGGAGUGCGACGAGCUUGCCGACGGACAAACUUUCAAGACUCUCACGUCUCAGGUCCUCCACGGAGACAUCUCGCAGCACCAGCGCGACCAGACCAUCAAGGCCUUCCGCGCCAAGGGCUUCCAGGUGCUGGUAGCAACGGACGUCGCCGCUCGCGGCAUCGACGUGUCGGACAUCGACCUGGUCGUCCAGUACCGCCCUCCGCGCGACCCCGAUUCUUACGUGCACCGCUCCGGCCGCACGGGAAGGGCCGGGCGCCCCGGAGUGGCGGUUACACUCUACGCCGAGAACGAGAUCCGCGACAUCCGCAAGAUCGAGCAGGGGGUGGGCCAGGGCUUCCGCUUCGAGCGGGGAGCGGUGCCGUCCGCGGAACAGGUCAUGUCUCUCGCGGGGACGGUCGCCCGCGAGCAGAUCAAGGGGGUGAGCGACGACAUGGUGGACUUUUUCAGGGAGUCGGCGCAGGAGCUUCUCGCCGAAGAAGAGUCGGAGGACAAGGAACUUCUGCUUGCCAAGUGCUUGGCGGCCAUCGCCCGCAAGACCCACGUCACGAGGAGAUCCAUGUUGACGGGAGAGCCAGACAAGGUCACCGUCCAGAUGGUGGCGCCCCGCCAGCUCACCUCCGGCGACGUCAUGUUCGCUGUGGGCAAGCUCGGCCGCGCGGCGGGCUUCGAGCCGAUGGUUGGCAGGAUCGCCAUCGCCAAGGACCCCACGACGGCGGUGUUCGACAUGUCCACUGAGGCCGCCGACCAGCUCGUCAAGUUCAGCAAGGAGCAGAACUUGGAGAGCAUCGAGUUCAAGAUGUGCCCCGUGCUGCCCGUGCUUCAGGAAGCACCGGGAGGACGGUUUGGUGGAGGUCGGGGAGGUGGCCGCGGCGGGCGUGGACGCGGACGCGGCGGCGGCGGCGGCGGUUACAGGGGCAACCGAUCAUCGUACGGCGGUGGAAGGGGUGGAUCGUACGGUGGCGGAGGGGGGUACCGCGGGGGCGGAGACAGAAACGGUGGAUACCGGGGCGGGCGAUCAUCGUACGGCGGUGGCGGCAGCGGCGGAGGCUCGUACGGAGGCGGGGGCGGGGGCGGUUACGGCUCGCGCGGCGGCGGUGGCUACGGUGGUGGUGGUGGUGGAAGCUAUGGAGGAGGCAGCUAUGGCGGUGGUUACGGAUCGCGCGGUGGGGGGGGAGGCUACUCGGGCGGUGGCGGGGGUAACUCGGACUGGUAAAUGGCGCCAUGUAGUACGGGGCCUUUUGGGUUGAUUGUUGCUUCGGUGUUGAACCGCAAGUGACAAACCAGGGUGAUUGAUUGCCCGCUUCGCUGGCGGUUGUAAGCAGACGUUGCUGCGCAGGUUACGCGAGUACGAAGAACACCGUGAUCCCGUGCCGUUGUAUGCAUAUUGCCAUUUAUGCGCUCGGGCCCGGACUCGUGGGGGACGAGGAUGUUGGUGGUGGACAGCUCAAAAUUUCUGCCACAAAUUGUCCACGUUUUUGGACCUUGCGGUGAUUUCCGAGAGAAAUAAAGGCUCCAGCGUGGAGGUCUUUCUUAGCAUUGGUGGUCUCUCUGACGCCAAGGAGUGAUGGCGGUUGGUUGGAGCCUGAUGAGAGUUCGAAUGAGACUGGCUCGGAGUGAGGGGAGAAAUCUAAGCGAUUGUUUGCCAUCCUUGAGAAGCUUGGAUUUUUCUUUAUUUUUUCUGUAGCGUUUUCUGUGUUCAUUUUUGGGACUUUCUGUUCACAGCCAGUUUUCGCCCAUGAGGUAUGCUAGAUACUAUUGGUCAGUGAUCGCGAGGCUUUGGGCGAAAUUGGGGAUUGGACUGUGUGUUUCCCGACCCAGUUUGUCCUUCGUUGUUGAUGGUGGGUGGUAUGAAGCGUUGUGUAAAACGUAAGACCGAUUUGUCCUUGUGCUCGCGCUUGCUUGGGGACGUAAGAAGCCUCCUGGUUAUUAACUUCUUUUAGAGAACCCUAACUCUUUCCAAGACUAGUAUAGUCCCUCCCCUCCCUCGACUUGCAUUCCUUUUGGUGGCCGACCGUGGGGCGUGCUAUGAUGUCUUUGCCGCUUUCAUCGCCAUGUGGCGUGGAACUCAUGUCGCCCGCGUCCCAGCACCAACGAACGUCGAUUUGUAUCUCUUUUUAGCUUCGAUCGAAACCAUCGUUGUUUUGCGCGGCAAGGCCUGUCUGUGCUUGUAGACCCGGAUCCCCCAUCCCAGGUCCUACCAGGAGUUGGUAGAAAUCCCCGAGAGCAGCAAAACAAUUAUCAAGCUUGAUCAAGUUUCACGUGUGCCAAAAGCUUUGCACAGUUCGUA